AUGGACGGAACGGAGAGCGCAGAUGUCGCGACCGCGGACGCGGAUGACGCGCUGACCUCGGCGCUUCUGCGGCGGGAGCUCCGGUGGCUGCUGGACUCCGUGGACCAGCGACUGUUGGACCAUCAGAGGAUCAUCGAGCGCCUGCUGAGGAGCCCGCGUGUGGUGGAGGAGAUGCCCAAGCUUUAUGAGUCGCUCCAGGUGUGUCCAGGUUUGGGCUUGGUAGGCACUGAAGGCGCUUCGGACACCUUCGACGAGGAGGGCGUAGAGAACGAGACGGAGGACGUCAAAGUCUCGGUCGUGAAUCCGCGGCUCAGCGCCUUUUCUGCAGCGACUACGGAGUCUGCCGUGCAGCACCGGCGCUCGGUGAAGAGCGAAGACUCCUACAGGUUGGCACAGCAGAAGACAGGGUACCUAGAAGUGCCUCCGACAAACGUUCACAAGUCGAGCUCCCUCCUCCGCAGCUCUUCAGCACAAGCGGCCUGGGCCUUCCUCACAGCGCUGGUGGCCUCCAACAGGUUCCAGGGCCUCUUCGCCUGCGUGAUUGUGGCAGAUGCGCUGGUGCUGGGCGUCCAGAUUGAGUGGCAAUCGGGCAGGCCUUUCGAUGCCUUGCCCGAAGCCCUGAUGUACUCGCAUGUGAUCUUUGCCGCGCUCUUCGUUGCAGAGAUCUUCUUGCGGUUCAUUGUAGGCCCAAAGGCCUUCUUUGCCCGCCAUGCGCUCGCUUGGAACAGCUUCGACACAAUGGUGGUGAUCAUCUCAAUCCUGGAACUCUUCGCAUCUGGUAUCUCUCAGGAGAACACCACGGGUGCAGCUCGGAUGCUGCGGGUCCUCAAGCUGGCGCGGUCCGUCCGCGGCUUGAAGAUCAUCCGCAUGCUGCGCUUUAUCCGGCCACUACGAAUCCUGUUGUUUUCCAUAGCGAUCACCCUCAAAUCUUUGGUCUGGUCUGUGGCGCUCUUGCUGCUCAUAAUUUACCUUUUCAGCAUCCUUUUUGCUGACGCCUAUUUGAACCAGUUGGAAACGCUGAAGUCUCCGGAUCUGAUGGCCGAGCACUUUGGAACCUUGCUGCGUUCGAUGCACACCUUGUUUCGGGCAAUCUCUGGUGGUCUCGAGUGGAGACACGCAACUAACGCGCUGGAUGCAUCUGUCGGCCCGUUGUGGUCUUACAUUUUUACCUGCUACAUAGCAUUUUGCUGUUUUGCAGUGCUUAAUGUGAUGACGGGAGUUUUCUGUCAUAGCGCCAUCACUGGCGCCGAGCAGGAUCCAGAGCUCAUGGUGCAGUCCAUGGUUAACGAGCAAGAACGCAUCAAAGCGGCCUUUGCAGAGUUAUUCCGACAGAUGGACAAGGACCGCCAGGGCACGCUGGACAUCCACCAGUUCGAGAACAGCUUCCACGUGGAGUCUGUCAGGUCUUGUUUCGAAGCCCUGGGCAUCAAGGCGGCAGAUGCGUGGACCAUUUUUCGCAGCCUGGACAAAGACGGAGAUCUUUGCGUUGCUGGCGACGAAUUCAUCAACGGCUGCAUCAACGUUCGGGGCCCCGCUCGGGAGGUGGACCUCUUACGGCAAUCUGCGAAGACGCGAAAGCAGUUGGAGUCCCUGGCGGAGUAUUCAGAAGACCUCCUGGCAAUCCUUCAGGAAGUGGCAAUUGCCCUGCAGGUCACCUACCAGCAGCCCCGUAGAAGCCAGAAAUCUGAUGCAAGAAUCUUGGUUUGA